CGGAACAGCAGAGACAACCAAUUGAUACACCUGUAUAACAUCGUCGUCAUGGCACAGCUCGCUACCUUCAAACCCCCCACGGUUCAGAAUGAGCCAAACGUCUGUCGCAGCCCCUCUCCCCGUUCGUAAGCUGUAUAGCUUAACUAACAGCGGAUAUAGAAACACUACGCUAAGGGCUCUCCAGACCGAGAGCAGCUCGUCUGUGCCCUGGAGCAGUUCAAGAAGAAAGCCCCUCUCGAAGUUCCUGUCGUGAUUGGAGGGAAAGCUAUCACCACCUCUCCGAUACAGACGCAGCAGAACCCAUCUGACCACGCCGUCUGUGUUGCUAAAUAUCACACUGCUUCAGAUGAAGACAUCAAAGCGGCUAUUGACAAUGCUUUGGAAGCCAAAAAGAAGUGGGAGGCCAUGCCUUUCUCAGACAGGGCCUCUAUCUUCCUGAAGGCGGCUGAUCUAGUCGGCACCAAGUACCGUUAUGAAAUGAUGGCCGCCACCAUGUUGGGCCAGGGGAAGAACGCAUGGCAGGCAGAGAUCGACGCUGCUGCUGAGCUGUGUGACUUUUUAAGGUUCAAUGUUCACUAUGCAUCUGAACUCUACGCUCAGCAGCCAGUUCACAACGCCCCGGGAGUCUGGAACCGUGUCGAAUACCGACCCCUCGAAGGCUUUGUCUAUGCUAUUUCCCCAUUCAACUUCAGUGCUAUCGGAGGCAACCUGCCCGCCGCCCCAGCUCUCAUGGGCAAUGUCGUGCUGUGGAAGCCCUCCCCCUUUGCCAUUGCGUCCAACUACCUCAUCCAUAACAUUCUCACCGAAGCUGGCCUCCCAGCGGGUGUCAUUCAGUUCGUCCCCGGAGACGCUGAGAGAAUCACCAGCCUGGUCCUAGACAACAAGCACUUCUCCUCCCUACAUUUCACCGGCAGUACAGCCGUGUUCCGUUCUCUCUAUGGCAAGAUCGCCCAGGGUGUAGCAGACGGCAAAUACCGCAAUUAUCCUCGCAUUGUAGGCGAGACCGGAGGAAAGAACUUCCACCUUCUCCACGCCAGCGCAGACACGGACAAUGCCGCUAUUCAUACGGUUCGCGGAGCAUUCGAGUUCCAGGGCCAGAAGUGUAGUGCCUGCUCAAGAGCCUACGUGCCACAGUCAAAAUGGGAUGUAUUCCGAAACAAACUCGUGGAAGAGACGGAGAAAUUGAAGAUCGGACCUCCCGAGGACUUCGCUAAUUUCAUCGGACCCGUUAUCCACGAAGCUUCGUUCAAGAAAUUGGCCAAGGUUAUUGAUGACGCGAAAAAUGACAAGGAGCUUACACUCCUUGCUGGAGGUAAAUACGAUUGCUCAAAGGGAUACUUCAUUCACCCAACUAUAUACUCCACAACGAACCCAGAACAUCACCUUCUCAACACCGAGCUCUUUGGGCCAGUGCUGGUUAUCCUCGUGUACCCAGAUCAAGCAGCUAAUGCGUUUGAGAAGAUCUGUGAAACAAUUGAUAACACCGGUGCCUAUGGCUUGACUGGUGCUGUGUUCUCUCAGGAUCGUGCGGCAGUUCAAUAUGCCGAGAAUGCCCUUAGGGGUACUGCUGGAAACUUCUACAUCAACUGUAAGUGUACUGGUGCUGUUGUUGGGCAGCAGCCAUUCGGAGGUGCUAGGGCGUCUGGUACCAAUGAUAAGGCCGGUAGCGCGGCUUUGAUGGGCAGGUUUGUGAGUAUGAGGUCCAUCAAGGAAGAGUUUGUACCUGUUCAGAGUGUACUGUAUCCCAGCAAUGAGUAG